AUGACUGUCUUUCCUUGCCCGCGAGGGAGUGAUGACUCUUUCGGCCCCGUCGUGAGCGGCUAUUGUCGAGAAUUCGAUUUCACGUUGCUCUUUGAGGAUGUGGUUCUGGUUACUAUCCCCUCGUUUGUCUUUCUAGCAAUUCACAUCAUCCGCAUCGCAUGUCUUCUCUCGAAACCAGUCAAGGUUGUCAAGCAGCGGCAAACAAUCUCUCUGAUGGCCCUGCAUGCUGUACUCUUAGGGACUCAUUUGGCGAUGCUCCGGAUCCGACAAGAUACCCCGACCCUGCAGACGCGCGUAUGGCUCGUUGCGCAGAUCUUGCAGGCCCUCGACACUUGUGUGGCGAUUGUAGUUACAUACUUUGAGCGCGCUCACUCGCCGCGGCCCCCAAUAUGGCCCAGUCUCCACUUGUUCGUGGCGGUGCUGUUGGACAGUGUCCGUGCCCGGACGUUCUGGCUUGCUUCGAACACAAACCUUGCGGCCAUCAUAAUCAGUGUGACGUUGGGUCUACGCGAUCAAGAUUCCACAAAGGAGGAAAGUAGCAGUCUGUGGGAGCUGUGCUUACUGACAUGGGUGCUCCCGACCCUGAAAAAAGGUUUCUUCUCGCCUUUGACCUUGGAGCAGGUUCCGCCCAUCGGGCAUAGCCUCACGGCCGAAAGGCUGAUGAGGCGGCUGCAGCGACGCUGGAAUCAGGUGUACCAAUCACGCAGGAACCAGCUCUUUUUCACAGUAUUUCGGACGUUUAAAACCGAAUUCCUGCAUGGAGUCAUUCCUCGAUUGUGCUUCUCGGCAUUCACUCUGAUGCAACCGCUUCUGGUCAACGCCAUGAUCAAGUUUGUGGGAUCUCCUGAUAACCAGAUGACGCGAAACAAGGGGUAUGGCUUGAUUGGAGCAUCGGCAAUAGUCUAUCUUGGGCUUGCAGCAUCCAAGGCCCUUUACAAUCGACAGGCGUAUCGCUUCGUGAUUGGCGUACGGGGGGCCUUACUUGCUACAGUCUACAGUCAAACCCUUGAGCUCGGGGCUGCAGAUCAAGGGGGUACGUCUGCACUCACCUUGCUGGGAACGGACGUGGAGCGAAUCGCCACGGGCCUCCGGGACGUGCACGAGAUAUGGGCCUCGCCGAUCGACAUAGGACUAGCUGUUUGGCUGCUGGGAAGACAGCUUGCCGUUUCCUGCAUCGUCCCUGUGGUUCUAUCUCUUUUGUGUAUCCUUGUUAUUGCAAAGGUGUGCAAGUUGAAGAAUCAAGCUCAGCGCGAGUGGAUCGAGAGAGUGGAAUGCCGGAUUGAUGUCACUCGACGAAUGCUCAAUGAUAUCAGAUCCAUCAAACUACUUGGCCUUGGGGGGCAUAUUGAGACUAUCAUAUCCCGUUGUCGGUCGAUCGAGAUUGCCACCUCCCGUAAAUUCCGAUCCCUGCUGUGCUGGGAGGUCUUCAUUGCCAAUUUCUCAUGGCUGGUUUCUCCCGCUGCCUCGUUUGCCUUGUUCACCAUUGUCUCAACCGCAAACAAAAGCAGCUCACUCGAUCCCGCGCAGGCGUUCACCGCACUGUCUCUCAUGAGCCUGAUUACACUGCCGGUUCUUACGCUGAUCCAGGCACUACCUGCUCUGUUCCAGUGCUUGGGCUCAUUUACCAGAUUGCAGGAAUAUAUUGCCCACCAACACGUGCAACCUCAUCAGCUCGACUCCAAACUCGUGUCGUCAAGUACAUCGCUGCUAGGCCGCUUGGGCUCCGAGGUCCCAUCUGCAGGCACAGAGAAGGGCCCUCUAAUCGCCCUGCGGAAUGCCACAGUUAAGUGGAACGCAUCCGGACCUGAGGUACUUCACGAGGUUGAUCUCGAUGUGCACAAAGGUGAUAUGAUUGCGAUCAUGGGCCCGGUCAGCGCCGGCAAGACCACGCUUCUGGAAAGCGUUUUGGGCGAAACUGUCGUUGACUACGGAUACAUCCAUACGCCCCGUGUGCCGACGGCCUAUUGCAGCCAGGUACCCUGGCUGGUUGAGGGGUCCGUCCGUGACAACAUCAUUGGCCCCAUGGGAAUGCAGCCCGCCUGGUACCACCAGGUGCUCUGGAUGUGCGGGGUGAGCGAGGAUAUACAAGUCCUGCCGGACGGGGACUUGACCCGUGUCGGUGGACAAGGAAAUGCCCUCAGUGGAGGGCAGAAGCAACGUGUCGCUCUUGCUCGUGCGGUCUAUUCGCGCUGCGAACUUAUCGUUCUGGAUGAUAUCUUCAGUGGCCUCGAUGCCUUCACAAUUGAUAGAAUCUGCCACCGCUUGAUAAGCGCUGACAAAGGAUACUUUCGUCGCAAGGGGAUCACGGUGCUACUAUCGACGCACAAUUCCAAGGUUGCAGCACUCGCAGACGAGGUAUUCAUCCUUGAAAAUGGCAGAGUGGCGCAGCGUAUUCUGUCUUCACCUUCAAUGCAAUCACCAGAAGCUCAAGCCCUCUCGAUGGAGGCUGAUGAAGACGCCUCCAAGAAAUUGCCGAUAGCAUCUGAACGCUGCGUAAAACCUGAGGAGGACGAAUUGUCUUCCGACGACAAUAGUCGCGCUCAUGACUCAACACAGACUUCCCAUGCUGAAGGAGCUGGCUAUUCCUACUACCUCAAAUCUGCCGGUCGAACGCUUGCAUUGCUUUACGUCAUUCUCAUCGUCAUCGCCGCGUUCUGUCAAGACUUUCCCAAUCUCUGGGUGAAGUGGUGGUCGAAUGCAGAUUCGAAAGGCUCAAGCCAACUGUCUGGAAUGUAUCUGGGCGUUUUUAUUGCCUUCGCAGUCGGCACAGUUGUGGUGGGUGCAGCAGGUUCUUGGGUCUACCUGAUACAUAUGAUCACCAAUAGUGCAGAACGUCUGCACGCGGACCUUCUGGGUAGCAUAAUGAGUGCUCCUCUUUCCUGGCUAAAUGAUACCACUUCAGGUGAUAUCUUAAAUCGAUUCAGUCAGGACCUAGAACUGGUGGAUAUGACAUUACCACUGGCAGCUGUCAACGCAACCAAGGCCAUCGGGUCCUGUCUCCUAAAAUUAGCAAUCCUCUUUGUGGUAGCCAGGUAUAUGUCCCUGGCGGUCCCACCCCUCUUGCUAGUCUGCUUCCUCCUGCAGAAAUGCUACCUGCGCAGCUCGCGCCAGAUCCGCCUGCUCAGCAUCGAGGCUAAGGCCCCUCUGUUCCAGCACCUCUCCGAAUCCCUCAGCGGUGGUGCGAGCAUCCGGGCGUUCCAAUGGCAGACCUACCUCGAGGAAGCCAAUCUUUUGAUGGUGGACAAUUCGCAGAAAUGCACGUACACGCUGUUUAUGGUCCAACAAUGGCUGACCCUCGCCAUGGACCUAAUUGCCAGCGGGCUCAUCCUUCUGCUAACCAUGUUGACGGUUCUGAUGCGAGACUCCUUCGACCCGGGGUCAUCUGGUACCGCCGUCGUGACCCUCAUGAGCUUCACGCAGUCUUUGGCUCGGCUGCUCAAAUUCUGGUCGAUGACUGAGUCCUGCCUCGGAGCCGUCUCACGGAUCCAGUCAUUCGCCGCCCACACCCCCUCCGAAUCCAGCGGCAAGGCCGCCCUUCCACAGCAGACAGCCUGGCCCAGCCGUGGUGCCAUCGAGAUGCAGAACGUGAGUGCUGCAUACAAAUCUAACCCCGUCCUCAACGGCGUAAGCAUGCGCAUCGAACCCGGCCAGAAAAUAGCACUCUGCGGCCGCUCGGGCAGCGGCAAAUCCUCCUUAUUGCUGUGUCUGACUGGACUGCUCCGACCCCACUGCCCAACCGGCACAAUCCAGAUUGACGGCCUCGAUAUCACCUCCGUCGCUUCACAAGACCUCUGCGCUCGCCUGAGUGUCGUCCCCCAAGAACCGUGCUACCUCCCAGGCACCAUCCGCUUCAACAUUGACCCGACUUACACCCUCUCCGACACCGCUCUGGCCCGCAUCCUUGACGCAACACAUCUUACUGAUCUCGUGGCACGACUCGGUGGCGUGGACGCCCAACUCGAUCCGACGCGGUGGUCCGCGGGACAAGGGCAGCUGCUCGCGCUGGCGCGCGCAGUCGCCCGACAAAGCAAGGUUUUGGUCCUGGACGAGGCGAUGAGUCGGGUUGAUCAUGCAACACAAGCCCUGAUGGAUAGGGUCGUUUCGGAGGAGUUUGGAGAUUGCACGGUCGUGUCGAUCGUCCACCGGUAUGACAAUCUCGCGUGGUUCGACAAGGUGGCGGUGAUGGAGGAAGGGCGCCUCGUCGAGUUUGAUCGGCCGGCCGCUCUGCUGGCGCGGGAGGAGUCGCGGUUUCGGGCGCUGUAUGCGUCAAGUGGGUGCUUGUAA